AAGAGAGUGUACGGUUAUUGUUUUUUAUAGGCUUGUUCAGCGAUGGGUGACUGUGCCAGUGAGUGUAUGCCCCGUUUUAGCUGUAAGUGAGGGUGAGUAAGAAGCAAACGGGCUCGUGGUUUUAACAGUAAAACCGGGAAAAACGGUGUCGUUGCAAGUCUUUGCAUCGCAUGGAUUGCAGUCAAGUUGACCUUACACGUAUAUACAAUGCAUUAGUACACCGAUUUCUCCUUGUUACGUCUGCGCUUUCUGCCUUCAGUCCGCCUCAUUCUCCUUGCACUUGGCGCUUUACCGGCGGAAUUGUAUAUAUCUCGCCUCAAUGUCGACUUCAAUCGUUCUAUAUCCAACACCCAAAGACGGAGUUACGAGAGUCAAGUUUGUACCGGGAGUAUUGGACGAAUUGCUCGUCGCUUCUUGGGAUGGAAGUUUGCAGUAUUUCAGUACAAACAAAGGAGGUGAAUUAAAGCUCUCUAUUCCCCAUAAUGAGCCCGUUUUGAGCAUGUCAUUCUGCUCUCCAACACAAAUUGUUUCUGGGUACCUUCAUGGAGAAUUACGAGUUUCCGAUUUAACAACAGGCGAAGAGCGUGCUUGGAAUGCACACUCUCUGGGUGUUUGUGAUCUAAUAAACGCUUCUUCCAUAGGAUGUACGAUUUCUGCUUCAUGGGAUAAGACGCUUCAGUUUUGGGAUCCGCGUGCCCAGACUCGUCAGCACAAACAAGAAUUGGCUGGGAAACCGUUCACAAUUAGUAAUAAUGGCUACAGACUUGCUGUGGGUUGCUCCAUGCGCGAGAAUCUUGUUUUCGAUGUUCGAAAUAUGCAGGAACCGCUGCUCAAAAAGCCGUCAAGCUUUAAAUAUAUGACACGAAGAGUUUGUUUGUUGCCAGACAACGAAGGAUUCGUUUCAUCAAGCAUUGAGGGACGUACUUCUGUUGAGUUUUUGAAUCCAGCACCCGACUGGCAAGCCCGAAAUUUCACGUUCAAAUGUCACCGUCAAACACAAGGUGAUCAAGACAUUGUUUAUCCGGUUAACGCACUUGCAUUUCACCCAAUUCAUGGAACUUUGGCUACGGCAGGAGGGGAUGGAGCUGUCGCUGUUUGGGAUCUGAAUGUACGGAAACGUUUACGUUUAUCUAAAAUGUGCAAGACUAGUAUAUCGGACAUUGAUUUUAAUUCAAACGGAACGCUACUCGUCGUGGGAACAUGUGCUGAAGAGAAGCACGGCGAAGUUCACAUACAAGCUCUUGACCCAGAGUACGGUGCUCCAAAACGGAAGGCUUGA